AUGGAAUUAGAAAAAACAUUAUAUAGAGUUUAAGAACGAAUCUUGACUCAUUAAUAUGUUCCUAAAUUCACAAAUAUUUGCAGUGUGAUUUUAUUAAUUAUGGCAUCAUUAAAUUUGCUUUUAAUUUGGGGAUUGAGUAAUAGGACUAUUAAUUAAAUCUAAUUUGAUCAAGAUGCUAAAGAUUCUAUUUAUCAUUAUUCAAUUCUAGAUGAUGAUACUACACUAUUAAUGAUGAAAUAUGCAAGCACAUAAGAAUUAUUGCAUUUAAAAACAGAAUUACUGCAAUUACAUAAUUUUACAAUUAUAAACAUUACUAUAGAUUACAAAAGCUAUUUUGAUAGUAGUCUUUAAAAGUUACUUUCUUAGACAAUAAAUUUAGAAACUUUAUUCUUGCAUGAUGUUGCCUAUUCAAUCAAUUCAAAUAUUUAUGUUAAGAAUAAUGCUACCAAUUAAACAUUUAUAUGGAAAUAGAAGAAAGACCCUCAAAAUUACUUAGGAAAAGCAGCUCAUAACUUAUGGGAAUUUUUAGUCAUUACUUUAGGAUUAUUUAUCUCUUCAGCAAUUUCAUCACUUUAUAUUAAAAUUACAAUUAUUUGUGCUCCAGUCAUCAUUAUUAUAAUGUGUAUCACUUAUUUUCAUAAUCAAUUUUAGUAGAAGUGUCUUAUAUCUUUGGAAAUAGACAAAUAUUUCCAAUAUUUUUGGCACGUGCAUUCCCCUGGAUAGGAUUAUAUUUAAAUAUACUUGAUAGAACACAAAGAUCAAAAAAAUAACUAAUUAUAGCUUUUGCUUUAAUGUUGUUUUUAAUUUAUUUCAUUUAUUUAUCUUCAAUAAUUAUUGGAAGCUACUUAUUAUUUAAAGCUUAAGUUCCAUUUGGUUUAGAGGAUAAUUUUUUUGGGUAUCCAUUUUAUUAUAAUUAUUAAGUCUAAUUACAGUAAAUGAAUUUGCCUCAUUAUUAUUUUUAAGAACACGGUCCUCUUUGUACUUUGUCCCCAAAUUUACCAUCAUAUAUUAUUAUUUAUUCCUUUGGUAUGUUAGAUCUACAAGUAAAAUAAAAAAAAUAAUUCAUAUUAGAUUAUGGAUUCUAUUCACUUGCAAUGCUAUCAUUAUCUUAUGCAUGUUUUGGAACAUUUUGUCUAUUUAUUUUCCUCUAUGAAAUCCCAAGUUUAGGAUGGAAUCCACUUUCAUAUUAUACACCAACUCUUGAUAGACCACGCUGCUAUUAUUUACCAGUUUUUUCAAUGAAUUGGGUUAAUGAUUUGCCAUAGUUAUGGUCCAUGUUUUACCCUUUGUAUGGAAGAAGGUAGAUAUAUAUUUAAUCUCAAGAUAUUUUCAAAUCUAAAAUUUAGCCUUAGUAGAUCGUAACUUUCCACUUCUCAACAAUCUCUUAGAUAUUGAAAUGCAAGAAUAAUAAUGA